AUGGACCAGGACGCCAUGGCUCGGUCCAGCAGCCCUGCGCGAGACCCUGCAGCAGCCACGGCCAGCCACGCACCACCACACCGGCCCUCACCAGGCCCCGCCUCGCCAUCCACCACGCCGGCGCCCCUCGCCUCUCCUCCUCCUCCCCCGGCUGUCGCGGCCGUCGCCCCCCCGCCGCCAACGCGCCCGCUCUCGGCACCACCCCUCAAGAAGCGCGCCUCGUCGAGCACACCCACCCUCUCGCUCGCCACCGCCGCCGCCGCAACCCCCGUCGAGCCCGGCCUCGAGUCGCCCCUUGAACCGCCCGCCCCGCCUUUCUCGUCCCGCUCGUCUCGCACCUCGCGCCGCAGCAGCGCGUCCAGCUUUCGGUCCGACCUCGGCACCCUUCCCUCGACACCGGAGGAGCCCACUUACGCGCCCGUCGCGUCCGCCUCGACCGACUCGCUCGCGUCGUCGGCCUCCGCCGUCGCACCCGUCGUCGACCGCCGGUCGGCCCUCCUCCGCUCGGCAUCGCCCAGCCCGCACGUCGCGUCGCACGGCAGCAUGAACGGGUACCGCGGCGGCCAGGGCGGCGACGACUUUAACGGGUCGGCGCAGGAGGAGCUGCUCGACGAGGACGUGCGCAACGCGGCUGGGACGCGUGGCCACCAGGACGACCCGUACCGGUGGGAGCGCCCGCUCGACGCCGUCCAACGACACUCGCGCCUACUCGACGCCGCGCCCAUCUACCCUUCCCCAUCCUCAGCCUCGUCCUCUUCCGCGGCCCCGAGCGGCGACGGCCGACGGCAUUCGCGCCUCCCUCCCGGCGUCGCCCUCGUCGACCCGUUCGGCUUCAACGUCUCGAACGAGCCCUCGCCGUACGACCUCGCGUACGCCCACUCGGCCGCCGCACAGACGACGGGCCUCACGGCCGCGACGAGCCCUCGGUCCGGCGUUCGCGCCAGCUUCCUCGGCCCGUACCCGUCCAUGUCGGCCUCGCCCGCCGUCACGCCGUCGCCCAACCCGUCACCGACCAUCUCGCCCUCGCCGAGCACGUCGUCGGUCGCGCAGUACGCGGCGCAGGGAGGAGCAGGAGGAGGCGCCGAGUACGGCGGCGGCGGCGGCGGCGCGCCGGUGCAGCCGUGGACCAAGCAGCGGUCGGCGAGCGCGGGCGAGCCGCUUCAGGGCGCGAGGGCCCAGGUCCGCAACGGCCUGUUGGCGCCCGGCGCUGGCGUGCGCAGCAUGACGGGGCGCAGCAAGCUCUCUGGAGAGAUCGACGCCGACGACAUCUCGGUCGUGUCGGUCGCGUCGCGCCAGCCGGCCAACAUGCCCGCCGUCCCGAGCGAGUCGGACUACCUCAACUCGAAGGUGUACCAGCGCACGCUCAAGGCGCAGCGCGCGCUCGAGAAGGAGCGCGCCAAGGCGUCGGCCAAGGGCAAGCUGUCGCGGUACGACUCGAACGCGCCCGCGAGCAAGAGCACGUCGUCGCUCGUGUCGACGACGUCGACCCUCGGCGGCGGGUUCGGCGCCUUCAGCCUGAGCAGCCUCGGCUCUGCGCGCCGGAGCGUCGACGGCUCGAGCCGACCGCCGAGCGUCAUGAGCGCGGCGGGCGUCAGCGGGACGGCGAGCGCCAAGCGCAGCGGGCGCAAGAGCCUCGGCUGGUUCCGCUCGUCGAGCGAGGGUGGGCUCGCCAUGUCGGAGGAGCGCAGCCGCGAGAGCACGAGCGCCGGCUCGGUAGCGGCGGCGGCGGCGGCUCUCCCGACGAGCAAAAGCUCGAGCGGCGUCUCGCUCGCGGCGGCACGAGCGUCGUCGGGCCUGAGCAGCCCGCGCCUGAGCCCCGGCGGCCCAGGGUCCGGCGCCGGCGCCGGCGUGGCCGGCGCAGGAGGCCAGCUCGCGCCGCCGCUGCCGCCGAGCCCGAACCUCCCGAGCGAGUCGACGCUGCGCGCCAUGGGCGUGUCGACCGACCAGCUGCGUGCUGCGGCGCAGCAGCAGCAGCACGGGCAGGGGCAGCGGCCGAGGUCGAGCGGGCGGCAGGGCAGCGGUGGAGCGUCGGGAGGAGCAGCAGGAGGGCACGCGCAGGGGCAGGCGCAGGCGCAGGCGCAGAAGAGGAGCCCGCAGCCGAGCCCGGGGCUCGACCAAUCGACGGCGGCGUUCGCGUCGGCGCUGCCGCCGCCGGCGACGAGCAUGCCCCUCUCGCUCGCGCCGCCCGUCGCGCACCCGCCGAGGGAGGCCGCCGUGCCGCUCGCCGUGCCGCAGCCGACUCGCCCGGGUCCGCCCUCGCGCAGCGCGUCGCUCGAGCCGCCUUCCGCCUCGUCCACGCCGUUCCACACCCCUCCCUCGACCGGCACGCACACGCCCGUCCCGCCCACCUCGUCCCACUCGUCCGUCCCGCCUCGCACCGCGUCCCGCAUCAUCCAGGACCCGCAGGAGGUCCCGCUGCCGCGCUCGGCGUCGCCGUCGAGGAGCGCCUUCCCCGCGAGCGCGACGACCGCGCCUCCUCCGCCCUCGGGCGCCGCGCCAUCCGCUGCGGCGUCGCAGCCGUCGUCUCGCCCGCCGUCGUCGCAGUCGCAGCAGCAGCAGCAGCCGCGCACGGUCAGCGCCUCGCUCCCGGCGGGCGCCGCUCCGCCGCAGCCCUCGGCCGUCGCGCAGGCGCAAGCGCCGCCCUCGCCGAGCAAGCUCGCGCCCGCCGCGGCGCCGCACGGCAGCGUCAAGCGCCGCAAGAGCGGGCUGGGCCUGCUCUUUGGCGGCGUCGGCGGCGGGCAGUCGGGCUCGGACGGCGCGUCGAGCCCGGAUGGGUCGCGCGGCCAGAGCCCGACGCCCUCGAGCGCGAGCUCGGCGACGGCGAGGGAGAAGGACCGGGUCGUCAAGCGGCCCGUGCAGCAGCAGCAGCAGCAGCAGCAGCAGGCGCCGUCGUCCUCGGCCAAGCUCACGAAGGAGCAGGCCGGUCCGGCCACGCCGACCGCCAAGCUCGUCAAGGACAAGGGCGGCGGCGGCUUCUUCGCGCGCUCGGCGUCCAAGUUGCGCACGUCGAACGGGCCUAGCUCGGGCCCGCCGUCGAGGGCAGCCCCGGCCAAGCCCAAGAAGGUCGACGAGCCGUUCUACCACCCGUCGCAGGCGCUGCACGCCGCGCGCACGGCGCCACCGCCGUCCUCCUCGCCUCAGCCGCCGGCGAUCCACGCCGUCAACCCGUCGCCGCAGAUCCAGCAGGCGCCGACGAUGCGGCAGCGGCCGUCGAACGGCGUCCCGACCCAGCAGGCGCAGCCGGCCACCUCGGCCGCCGCGCGCACCGACUCGUCGUCCGGCUCGUCGACGACGUUCUCGAGCCUGAGCUCGAGCGGCUCGACGCUCGCGCCGGGCACGCCCAGCAUCGGCAAGGGCGCGUCGCCGUCGUCGUCGUCGUCGGCGGCCCCGCAGCAGGCGUUCCCGGCCAAGAAGGGUGGGUUCGCCUCGCUGUUCGGCAUCGGCGGCAGCAUGCGCGGGCGCAAGGGCUCGGCGCCCGUCUCGCUGUCGCGCUCGCAGGGCGCGAGCUCGCCCAUGGCGCCCAAGGUCGCCGAGGUGCGCCCCUCGCCGCCGGCGCCCGCCUCGAGCAUGCCGCAGGCGCCGCCGGCCGCCGCGAUUGGGUCGCACCGGGGCCAGGGUGGCUUGCCUCGUGGGCAGUCGCUCGGUUCGGCGCAGGGCCAGCAGCAGCAGCAGCCGGCGGGCCCGCAGCAGCAGCAGCAGUCGCAGCAAGGGUCGCUCGCGAGCCACCGUCCCUACGCGACCUACGCCUGA